UAGUGAUCACAGUAUUACAUUUCGUUUUAACAAAACAUAUUAAUACUUGAGAAACAUGUUGUCAAAAGUAGUUUUCUUCGCUUUGGUUGCUCUGGUUGCCCAGGCUCUGGCUGAUCCAGAAUACUGUCCUGAUCCGUCUGCUGCAAAGGAACAGGUCUAUAAGGGUAUUGUACAUGAAGAUAAACCAUUAUUCGGAAGAGUUUCGAAAGACGUUGAUUUAAAAACAGAGGGAAAAGUCCCCACUUGUAUACUGGUGACUGGAGUCGCUUCUAGUGAAUCGGAAGGCGUUCUUUCACAAGCUGCCAUUGGAAUUUCAAAGGAAGGCGAUGUAACUCUUAAGCUAGUCUCCACAAUUAAAAAUGGAAUCGAUGUGUCAGUUGAAGUGUAUACGGAAUAAUAAACUAACGUAUUGAAAGUAUUUGUGUAUUAAUUAUUGUAAAUGGACGGAGCACGCUCCUUAGUUUCCUUAGCUUAAGUUUAGUUGUUUGUAAUAACGUAGAAAAAAGUAGGCUAUACAUGUCAUGUUGUAACGUUUGUCAGCAAAUAUACAGUCCACUUAU